AUGCUUAUAUCUGUGUAUAAGAAAGGACAAUCUCCUCCACCAAGAACUUUACCAGAGGCUACAGAAAAGGAGAAGGAAUGCAAACAAAUAUUCGCUGAGUAUGAAAAGUCAGUUUGCUCUGUAUCGAGAUGCUCUAAGAUGACACUGAAUGGACCCCAAGGCACGGUUUCUGCCGUAACUGUGAGGUCGGUCGAUAUGCUAUACUGUGCCUAUAUAUACUAUAUAAUAUGAAGUCACUGUUUUCCUCGCUUUCUUUUUAUGCCACUAACUUCCUAAGGUACAUGACCCUUGACGUUGAACAACUGCACUCUUCCAGCCACAUCAAAUAUCCGCUACUAUCAAAAAAGGAAUACUGCAGAGACCUUUGAAAUACAAAAAAAGAGAGUACUAAACGGCUCUCGUCUUCGAAAGUGUAUUACUACACAGGCAAAAAAAGCUUCUGGUACCCUGACCCAGAACAUGAAAUUCAUUUAGCUACACUUCCCUCUAUUCCACGGCUCCCAGUUGCAAACUCUCAGAAAAGGCAGUGGAAGAAAUGCGUAAUUACACCUCAACGUAUGGAGCUGCCGUUCGGCAAACAACAAACCGUCAGGAGACAACCAUGGCUAGACAUAGAACGAUGCCGGAAAUGUUUUCCCAGAGAAAGCUUCAUAUAUCUGAAGACAGAGUCGACUUGGCCUUGUUUGAAGGUUCAGAUUCUUCUGUAG